CCUAACUGGAGCUCGAGAACAGCAUAAUUGGGGAGACCAGACAGGUUUUAGACCUGGAGGGAGGUGAAUCGAUCAUAUUUUCACACUCCGACAGGUUCUGAAAUGCUGGCAUACCUUUCGACUAGUGGUCAACACUUGCCACAUUUUUUGACCUGAAGGUGGCGUUUCACUCGGUCGACCGCCACGUGCCGUGGCAGUAUCUGACUGUAAAAGGAGUACCAUGGAAGUAUAUAACGCUAAUCAAACGGCCAUCUAAGAGCUAAUGGAGAGUUGUCUUCAUAAUUGACGAGAACUAGUGGUGUCCGCCAGGGAUUCCCACUGUCACCGUUCCUAUUUAACUUCAUCAUAGACGUACUAAUGGACAUAACGUUAGGUAGAUCUGACCUCACAGGGAUUGACUUACUCCCUGGAGGUCAUCCGGUUGACUUGGAGUAUGCAGACGAUGUUGUCGAGUUAGGUGAAAACGCUGGCAAAGCUCAUUGUCUUCUGAACGCGUUGUGCAUAAGUCUGGGUAAGUUUGGUAUGGGUUUCGCACCUGUCAAAUAUAAGAUGAUGCCCCAGGACUGGUCUACUGCAAGUACCCUCAGUUUAGUGAUAGAGAGGGUAGUGGUGGGAUGUGUUGACCACUUCACUUAUUUGGGGUAGUCGCAUCAACCCGAACGGGCCGGUUGCUGACGAAGUCUCAUUUCAGAUGCUGAGGGUUCGUUUGGCAUUUAUCGGCUCGUGUUAUCUCUGGUGCCAACUAUCUACCAAAGGAACGAGUAUACUGCGCUGCAGCUCGUUCUGGCCUGUUGUACGGCUGUUAUAUGGCUGUUGAAAGUAUAAGAUGUGAAGCGAUUGCAGGAUUUUGAUCAUAGGUGUCUUGCAUUGCUCUCGUUUGCUGGAGUUACUGUGUGAGCAAUGUGUUGGUCAGGUGAAAGGCACUGGGAGAGUCGAUUGAUGAGGUUGCGAAUACUCAUCGACUGAGAUAGCUUAGACAUGUGUUGCGCAUGAUUUGCUGUACUGGAGGAAGCUGGGUUAGGUUGGAAGAGGGUUCAGGAUGGCCAGACGAAGACGUGCUACCAGUCCAUAAAUUUCUUGAUCUGAGUGGCGUGGGGGAAAUGUAGACUGUGUGACUGUGGUCCCCUAUACGAUAGGAAUCAGUGGUUGAGGACUGUUGGUGACAUAACUGGAAGUCGUUCACGGUGAUGCAGAUGCAUCCUUGGUUUGGCAUCUUGUAAAGCUUGAAUUUUCGCGCCAACCGUUAUCUUCACAUUGUUUAUUCUCUCACAUAACUUUGUCUGAUUGCCUUUAUGGUAAAUUCUAAUCUGAAAAUAAGUUUAUAAAAGAACUACAUACAGUUUGGACAUAAUAGAUAUCUCUUGAGUUAUGCGGUCAUUUUGUAACAUUCUGCUUAUAACCUGUCGUUGUUAGCUGGGGGACAAGAUGACGCAACUUCUCCAUGUGAAUUAAUGGUACUCUAUUUCAGUGUUUUCUGAGUAUUCUAACAUCAAUCACCAAGUUCCUGUACACAUUUCUGUAGAGAAUGGUGCUGACUCCACUAUUUCGUUUGGAGCAGAGCGAUACAAAACUUAAAGUCGUUAUACAUGCUCCAAUGGCAAAUAUAUCUGAAAUGGAAGUGUGUGUUGAAGGUCAAACUUUCUAUUUCGACUCCUCACCCUAUUAUCUUAAAUUCGACAUUCCUGGGUCUGUGGUAACAGAUGAAAACACAUAUGAUUGUGAGUUUAUUGAUGGUGAUAUACACAUAACAUUCGAGAAAUCUGAACCUGGACCUUUCAAGGAUUUAGGUUUGAUUGCAAAACUGUUGAUAACUUCACCUGAAACUAAUCCGCAUAAGAGUUUGAUUGAGGAACUGAAUGAUCCGGUCGAGCCACAAAGGACCUGGUCCUUGGAUUGGUUUAUGACGGAGGAUAAAAGCCCAACACAAGAAGAUUUAGUUAUUUCUAAUCCAACUUACGGUUUUGGUGGCUCGAAGUCCGGAUUGUUUCGUGAUGAGUCUGACCUAACGCAUGCAGUAGAUUUGCCGGAUCCGGACAGUGUCAGUAUUUGCAGACGAUCGGAGCUCAAGAAAGCAGAAGAGGAAAAAAAGUUUUCUGUUGACCAUUAUCUUGCGGAUUAUUUUGAAUCAGAUUCUUGGAUUCAUCUGACCAAAGUAGAGCUCCCAUGGCAAAAUGAUAAAGACUCUCCUGAGUUUACAUCCGAUGAAAGGCAUCGUUUGAUCACUCUGUCAUCUCGUCGACUUCCUCCUCAACCGGAAAGUGCUGAAGAGGAAAAAUCUUUAUAUUUGGGUCUACUCGACUUAUUAUUUGCAUAUAUAUAUGAUUUCAAAAUUCGUGAAGGUGAAGCAAUGAGUGAAUCCGGGUGGAAUAUUGUGAAACUAGCAGCUACACUUUCUUGGUUCGAGGUUUAUCAUACCUUACCAGAAGUCGUUGGGUCGUUUUAUAGACGGGGGCUAACCUAUCCUUUAGUACGGAGUUGGAAAUUUUGCACUCUCAUUAAGCGGGAUGCUUCUCAACUCCUGCAGCAUACUAAUGCCAAGGAAUGGUGUUUAAAGUGCCUCUUAGAAAUCCGUGAAAUUUUAAUUGCCUAUCCAGGUUAUCAUGUAUUCGCAGAUUUAUAUCUUAACGAUUACAUAGUAUGGAUUCAGACACGAUCUAUCGAGUCUAAUCUUCAUGAUCUUGGCAAGAGUUUGAAAAGCUUUAAAAUGAAGAAAGAUUUCGUUGGUUUACAAUUGAAAGAAAUCGAGCAACUUGGCUAUGAAUGCUUAAAAGUAGAGGAACUUGAAAUGUCUAUGAAGCAAGCCUCUCUUUCAGCAAAUGAUGUAAAAGAAGAUAAACCCGAAACACUUUGCAAUACAUGAUAUUUUACAUAUUCUUUACCACUUCUUGUACAUUUAUGCUUAUUUUUUUUAUAUACGCCGACACAUACAUGUGUUGAACUGAAUCUCAUUAACCAAAGUUGUGUUUAUUUUCUAGAAAAAAAGUUGGUAUUACGUUUU